UUCAUAUUCUCUCUCUUUCAAUUUUCACUACUUUUGUUUUUGAUAAUUUUUUAUUCUUCCACCAACUCCACUCCCUCUAUAUUUCUCUAAUUUCUCUUAAAAACUCCGCGCAUAAAAAAAAAAAAAGGAAGCAAGUUUUUAGAAACGGAUGAAUUGCAUAUUUAAGCCCAGGCAAUACAGCUAUACAGCCAAUACUGCUUACUGUCUCUCUCUUACAUUCUCACUCCUUAUCUGCACUCAGAAUACAAAGGUUUAAGGCUCAAAAAUGAAGGGUUUAUCAAUCUUGCUUCAAUAGAUAAGGUAUUACAUUUACACACCCUUUUCUCUCUCUUUUUCUCUUUGUUAAUUUUAAUGGCUGCUCCUCUCACCAUGUCUAUGGAUCUUCAUUAUAAUAUGAAUAUUUCAAAUAUUUCUGAACCCAAACACCCCAAUUUCUUCCCCAAAAUUUCCAGAUACCCAAUUCGAAAAUCCACGAUUUUCUGCAAUUCCUCUAAAUCCCCUCCAAAUUUGGAAGAACCCCAGAAAAAUUCUUCACUUUCUGACCAACUUAAGCCUCUUUCUAAAACAAUUCUAUCAGAAAACGCUAAAGAACAAGCUCAACUUCUCAUUAAACCGCCCAAAUCUACUUGGGUCAAUCCCACUAAACCUAAGCCUUCUGUUCUUUCUCUGCAACGCCAAAAACGCUCUCCUUAUUCAUUUAAUCCCCAAAUUAGGGACCUUAAGCUUUUUGCCAAGAAGCUUAAUGAUUCUGAUUAUACUUCUGAUGAAGCUUUCUUUUCAAUUCUGGAAGAAAUCCCACAUCCAGUUACUAAAGAAAACGCUCUUUUGAUGCUUAAUUCUCUGAAACCGUGGGAAAAAGCUUUGCUUUUCUUCAAUUGGGUGAAAACCCAGAAUUUGUUUCCUAUGGAAACUAUUUAUUACAAUGUUACUAUGAAGUCUUUGAGGUUUGGUAGGCAGUUUGGCCUUAUUGAAGGUCUUGCUAAUGAGAUGAUUGAGAAUGGUAUUGAGCUCGAUAACAUUACAUAUUCUACGAUUAUUACUUGUGCUAAGAGGUGUAAUCUGUUUGAUAAAGCUGUGGAGUGGUUUGAGAGGAUGUAUAAAACUGGUGUGAUGCCUGAUGAGGUUACUUAUUCAGCUGUUCUAGAUGUGUAUGCCAAGAUAGGGAAGGUUGAGGAGGUCAUGAGUUUGUAUGAAAGAGGGAGGGCGAGCGGGUGGAAACCCGAUCAUAUAGCUUUUUCUGUUCUUUGUAAGAUGUUUGGUGAGGCAGGGGACUAUGAUGGUAUCAGGUUUGUAUUGCAGGAGAUGAAGUCUCUGGAGGUACAGCCUAAUCUGAUAGUUUACAAUACUUUGUUAGAGGCAAUGGGUAAGGCUGGAAAGCCUGGCUUGGCUCGGAGUUUAUUUGAGGAAAUGGUUGAAUCGGGUGUUACCCCAAAUGAGAAAACCCUAACAGCACUUGUCAAAGUCUAUGGUAAGGCAAGGUGGAGUAAGGAUGCUUUGGAGUUGUGGGAUCGAAUGAGGUCCAAUGGAUGGCCUAUGGACUUCAUUCUGUAUAACACAUUGCUGAGUAUGUGUGCAGACCUUGGAUUGGAAGAGGAGGCUGAGAGGCUCUUCGAAGAUAUGAAACAGUCCCAGCAUUGUAGACCAGAUAGCUUUAGCUACACUGCAAUGCUUAAUGUGUAUGGUAGUGGUAGGAAGGUCGAUAGGGCAAUGGAGUUGUUUGAGGAAAUGUCGAAAAGGGGGGUCGAUCUUAAUGUCAUGGGAUGUACUUGUCUGAUCCAAUGCUUAGGAAAGAGUCAGAGAAUUGAUGACUUGGUUAGAGUGUUUGAGGUCUCAAUUAAAAGAGGUAUCAGGCCAGAUGAUAGACUAUGUGGUUGCCUACUUUCCGUUAUGUCAUUCUGUGACAACACUGAAGAUGCUGACUUGGUUCUUGGUUGUUUGGGACGAGCUAACCCGAAAUUGGUUGCCUUCAUCAGUUUGCUAAUGGAAGAGGGAACUAAAUUCGAGACGUUGAAGGAAGAGUUCAAAGCUAUACUUACUGAUGCACAACUUGAAUCUAGAAGACCCUUCUGUAAUUGCUUGAUUGAUAUCUGCAGGAAAAGAAAUUUGCAAGAGAGAGCUCACGAGCUUUUGUAUUUAGGAACUAUUUUUGGAUUGUACCCAGGUUUACACAAGAAAACCGCAGGUGAGUGGAGUUUGAAUGUGCGGUCACUAUCUGUGGGUGCAGCUCACACUGCUCUAGAAGAGUGGAUGAUAAGUCUAUUGAAUAUUGUAGAGCGUGAAGAGGCACUGCCAGAGUUGUUUUCUGCCUAUACUGGUGCAGGAACUCACAAAUUUUCUCAAGGUCUAGCUAGCUCAUUUGCUUCCCAUAUAGAAGAAUUGGCCGCACCAUUUAGGCUUAGUGAUGAUAGAGUGGGUUGUUUUGUUGCUACUCGAGAUGAUAUAGUAUCAUGGGCACAAUCUAGGGUCCCCUCUCCUGCUUUAACAGCCUAAAUUAAGAGCUAGAAGCUGUUAAUAUUACCUUACGUUUUGUAAUAUACUGGCCCUUCUGUAGGCUGCCAGAAAUUUUAUCGUCUUUGAAAGCCUUAGGAAGAGCAUUAUGUAUCUCACUUUUCAUUGUUGUCAAUCUCCAAAAUACAAUUCACACAUCACACAAUGGACUUCAUGAACUUAUAAAUACUCUCCUCUUCGGGUUCGGUUUA